AAGAGAAUAGUAUGCUAAGGAGUAGCAUUUUGCAAUUCAAAAAUGAUUUUCAAAAACAGGCAAAACGUAUUAAAGCAAGCCAGGAAAUGUUACGGUCAAUACCUGUGAUGAAGCAAACUUCGCCUGAGAGUUCUACCGUGAGCAAUGUCAAUAUCCUUCAAAAACGUAUUAAAGAACUGGAAGAAGAACUUCGACUCAUGAAAACUGAUAACGAGAAACAAAAGGCUCUUGUGACAAAAUACAGAGAGCGAUGGGAAAAGUUGAAGGAGUCUGCGAAAAAACGGAGGGUGAACAAACAAGGUGAUCCAGCAACUCAACAAACCGCUGAACCUUUGUCCUCUCCCAAAACAACGCCGACUCCUGAUUCGGCUCAAUUACCCCAGAGCCCUCAAAGUUUACCAUCAUCACCAUCACACUCAAAAUUACCUCAGACCGCUUCGACCCCUUCAUCUACAACCAUAACCGCUACGACCAUUACGACUGCAAUUACCGCUCCAGAAUCGCGGAAACAUCAGUCGUUACCUGAAAUAAAUCUUCCUUUUGCUCUUCAAAAACCGUCUCAUAAACCCGGUUUUGGCGAAAUUUUAGAUGGAUCUACUAGUUCCAAAAGUAAUAUCGGAACGCCACAAAAGAAUCCUAUCUCUCCAACCACUACAAUCGUUCGUACUAUUGAGACAGAUGCAAAUAAUGUUUAUGACGAAAACUCCUCCAAUCGUAGUGCAAGCGUCAACAACAGCGAUGAAAAUAGCAACGAUGGCAUUAACGGUUCUAUAGAAACGACCUCCCCUUUGCGUUUCUUGUCACGACGAGAAUCUGGUGGUUCGGCUCUUCCGACAGUCACCACAGUUACCAUAGAAGGCAUAACUUCACUAUCGAACCAAAAAGAACUGGAUCCAGAUGAAUU